AUGAGUGAAGAGAGGCGAGAUGGAAAGCAACCUGAGAGUUCAGGAGAACCGGCUGUCCAGCAAAUCAACCUCAACCAAGUUCAAUUUGAGGCUAUGAUAGCUGAGAUAACCAGAAGAAUGCAAAACACUUACAACCGUGUUCAACAAGCUAAUGAAACUUUACCUGGUGAUAAUGCAGGGCAAGAGAGGGACGCGGUUGCUGCUGGAGUUCAGAGAGCACGCAUUGGACCUAUAAGAGGGCAACGAGUUGAGCUUAGGGGUCGUGGGAUUUAUGGAGAACAUUAUCAAGAAGAUUCAGCUGAUGAAAGUGAUGAUGGAUCUCAGGCUAGUCAUCAUGGUAGAAAUCACAACCGCAGGCGACCAGCUACUGAUAACCUAGGCAAUCUCAAGCUUAGAAUCCCUCCAUUCCAUGGGAAGAAUGAUCCUGAUGCUUACUUAGAGUGGGAGAAGAAGAUUGAACUGGUUUUCAAUUGCCAACAGUUCACUGAGGAGAGGAAAGUGAGACUAGCAGCUACUGAAUUCUGUGGUUAUGCUAUUAGCUGGUGGGAUCAGAUUGCUACUACCAGGAGACGCAAUGGAGAGCCUCAGGUAGCUUCAUGGUUUGAGAUGAAAACUGUGAUGAAAAAGAGAUUUGUUCCUAAUCACUAUGGAAGAGAUCUACACCAGAAGUUGAGAAGGCUUUCUCAAGGAUCUAAGAGUGUAGAGGACUAUCACCAGGAGAUGGAAACACUCAUGUUGAAAGCUGACUUAGAAGAAGAAGUAGAAGCUACUAUGGCUAGAUUCCAAGGAGGUCUUAACAGAGAUAUACAAGAUAGGUUGGAGCUACAAGAGUAUGAGGACAUGGAUGAACUGCUACAUAAGGCUAUUUUGAUUGAGCAGCAGAACAAGAGGAAGAGCUCUACCCGGUCUUCAUACACACCUGCCUCAAAACCGGCCUACUCCAAGGAAGAUAAGCCAGGGGAUAAGUCCAAAGAAGGGUCUUCUUCAGUGGAGAACAAGAGAGAUGACAAGGGUAAAGGAGUAGCCACACCUACUAAGACCAGGAACAUUAAGUGUUUCAAGUGUCAUGGCUUUGGUCACUACGCUAAUGAGUGCACCAACAAGAAGGUGAUGACUAUCUUAGCCGACGGGGAGGUGAUAUCUGAAGAGGAGGACGCCGGCCAAGAGUCUGAUGAGGAAGGCGUGGAGUACCCUGUCCGGGGAGAGCUAUUAGUCACCAGGAGACUUCUCAAUGCUCAACCUAAACCCAAAGAAGAUGAGCAAAGGGAAAACUUGUUUCACACCAGAUGCCUGAUUCAAGAAAAGGUUUGUAGCUUGAUCAUUGAUGGAGGAAGUUGUACUAAUGUAGCAAGUGCUGAGUUGGUGGAGAAGUUGGGUCUUCAAGUGUUCAAGCAUCCUAAGCCAUAUCUGUUGCAAUGGAUCAAUGAUGAGGGAGGAUUAAAGAUCACCAAGCAAGUGAAGGUAUUGCUAUCAGUGGGAAAGUACCAGGAUGAGAUCACUUGUGAUGUAGCACCCCUGGAAGCUAGCCACAUCCUUCUUGGACGUCCAUGGCAGUAUGAUAAGAGAUCAGUACAUGAUGGCUUUACCAACAGAUACACUUUUAUCCAUAAGGAGAAACAAGUUACCCUGGCGCCAAUGACCCCUCAGGAGGUACACCAGGAUCAGAUGCAUCUCAAAAUGAAGAGAGGAGAGUCCAAGGCCGCCAGCAAUCCUUGCUUCUUGAAGAGACCAGCCAGCUCUACUACUAACCCUGCUCCUGAGAUUCCAGAGGAGAUUGAGUGUCUUUUGCAGGAGUAUAGAGAUGUGUUCCCAGAGGACAAUCCCAUAGGUCUGCCGCCUAUUAGGGGAAUAGAGCACCAGAUUGACUUUGUACCAGGAGCUACUUUACCAAACCGUCCAGCAUACAGGACCAACCCUGUGGAGACUAAGGAGCUUCAGAAACAAGUCAAUGAGCUAAUGGAGAAGGGACAUAUCAGGGAGAGUAUGAGUCCUUGUGCUGUACCUGUCCUCUUGGUGCCAAAAAAAGAUGGAAGCUGGAGGAUGUGUGUGGACUGCAGAGCCAUCAACAACAUAACAGUUAAGUACAGACAUCCUAUUCCUCGCUUAGAUGAUAUGCUAGAUGAGUUACAUGAUAACCUUGUCUUUUUAGGUUUUGUUGUGACUUCACAGGGCAUACAGGUUGAUGAGGAAAAGGUGAAGGCUAUCAGGGAGUGGCCGAUUCCUAAAUCUAUUGGAGAGGUCAGAAGUUUUCAUGGACUUGCUGGCUUCUACCGGAGGUUUGUGAGAGAUUUCAGUACAGUUGCAGCACCCUGA